UCAGUGUUCGUACGAUAUUGUGUGGUCCAAACGUCUUUUAUUUGUAAAUCGUGUUUCUAUUGGACAUGUGCUGUGUUUUGUGAUGAGAUAGAAUUCGAGUGUUGACACAGACGGACUUAUGUCGCGCCGAUAAACAAAUUUAACAGAAAAGUGUAAAAAGUGUUAAAAAUAAGUGUAAAAAUGUUGGGGAAACACUCGAAAAUAUUCUUCGGUGUGUCCAUGAUAUUUCUGGUGAUCGCCAUUGUACUGGCUUCCUGGGGUUUUCAGAAAGUUGUUAAUAAACAAAUACAGAAAAAUGUUCAGUUAUCGAACGAUUCGAAGAUGUUCGACAGAUGGGUGAAGCUACCCAUACCGUUGGACUUCAAAGUCUAUGUGUUCAACGUGACCAACGUGGAGGAGGUGAACAGAGGGGAGAAGCCUAUACUUAAGGAGAUUGGACCUUAUGUUUAUAAGCAGUACCGAGAAAAAACAAUCCUAGGUUACGGACCCAACGACACAAUUAAGUACAUGCUGAAGAAACACUUCGAGUUUGACCCCGAAGCUUCAGGAAGCCUGACGGAAGAUGAUGAACUUACUGUUGUACACUUCUCUUACUUGGCAGCCUUAUUAACAGUCCACGACAUGAUGCCCAGUUUAGUGGCGAUAGUGAACAAAGCGUUGGAGCAGCUGUUCCCGAGCCUGGACGACGCCUUCCUGAGGGUCAAAGUGAGGGACCUGUUCUUCGACGGCAUCUACCUCAGCUGUGAUGGUGAUAAUUCUGCUUUAGGACUUGUUUGUGGGAAAAUUAGGUCAGAGAUGCCUCCGACUAUGCGACAAGCUGAAGGAUCAAAUGGAUUUUAUUUCUCCAUGUUUUCUCAUAUGAACCGAUCAGAAAGCGGUCCCUACGAGAUGAUUCGCGGCAGAGACAACGUCUACGAGCUCGGUAACAUCGUCUCCUACAAGGGUCAGGAGAACAUGCCCAUGUGGGGAGACAAGUACUGCGGGCAGAUCAACGGCUCCGACUCCUCUAUAUUCCCUCCGAUCAAUGAGAACAAUGUGCCCAAGAAAAUUUAUACUUUUGAGCCUGAUAUAUGCAGGUCCGUUUACGCCGAUCUGGUGGACAAACGGGAGUUGUUCAACAUUAGCACGUAUUACUAUGAGAUCUCUGAGUCUGCGUUUGCAGCGAAAAGCGCUAAUCCUAAUAAUAGGUGUUUUUGUAAAAAGAACUGGAGUGCAAACCACGACGGCUGCCUCCUCAUGGGUCUGCUGAACCUCAUGCCGUGUCAAGGAGCUCCCGCCAUCGCCUCACUACCUCACUUCUACCUCGGCUCCGAAGAACUGCUGGACUACUUCCAGUCAGGAGUCCAGCCUGACAAGGAGAAGCAUAAUACUUACGUUUAUAUGGAUCCUGUGACCGGAGUUGUUCUAAGUGGAGUAAAGCGACUGCAGUUCAACAUAGAACUGCGUCAGAUAGACACCAUACCUCAGUUGAAGAGCGUACCCACUGGCUUGUUCCCUAUGCUGUGGCUUGAAGAGGGCGCAACAAUCCCCGAAUCAAUACAGCAAGAACUCCGGGACGCUCACAAACUCCUAAGCUACGUCGAAGUAGCCAAAUGGUUCCUUUUAACAAUAGCUAUAAUCGCCGUGAUUGCUUCAGCGGUAGCUGUCGCGAGAGCCAACGCGCUUCUCUCGUGGCCACGCAAUAGUAACUCCGUCAGCUUUAUAUUAGGGCCCAGUGUUACUCAGGUUAAUAAAGGAAAUUGAUGGAA